AUGAAGCCAAUCAAAAAGCAGGGCCGGCGUUCCCCCCCCUCCACCCGGGCCAAAGGGGGAAAGCGGCGGGGUGCCGGCGAGGCCCCCGAAGGAGGAGAGAAAAGAGACUCUGAUGAAAAUCGAGACAGAAACGCUCAAAGCCAAUAUAACUUCCCUUUCUCAUCUCAGUCAGAGCGCUCUGACCCAGUCAGAACCCGGGACUCGUCCGAUGGAGAGUCGUUUGUCAUUGACUCUGGGAAAUUGCUAGCAUCGUCAGAUGAUCGAUCUGGACAUUCGGCAUUGAGUGCCGGGAGCCAUAGUGACAGUAAUGCCAGCAGCUGCAGCAACAGCAGCACACCAAGCGCUAACAGCAGCCCCAACCCCUCAUCCAGUCGCAAAACCGCCACGUUUAAGGCGCGCGUUCCCAAAAAGAAGUACACAUCUGAGCACUGCUCCAUUCUUAGUGGUGGUAACCAUAGCAAAAUGUCAUCCAGUACUCCACCUCCUCUUCUUCUGAGUGGUGGGGCCCUGAAUCAGGGGUCUUCUUGUUCAGGUAGUCCCUUAAAUGUUUCACACCCUGAUAGCAAUGGUCAAAGUCGAAACAAAGAACAACCUCAGGACAGUUCCCCCGGACCGCCAAUCCUGUCAUUACGUGCAGAAAGGGAAAGGCUGGGGGGGACGGAGGUGGUCAGGGACGCAGAACGAGUGUCACCCAGCCCUGUUCCCCGCUGUUCCUCCACAGACACGGCCAGCGAGCACUCAGCAGACUUGGAAGUAGUCACAGAUGUUUCCUCUCGCCAGCUAUCUAGUCUCCCUGACGCGCUGUCUGAUGCCCUGGCCAAAGGACUUAAAAAUCAGCGAGUCCUGGCCCGUCAGCUGCUGAGAAGAAGGGAUGAAAAUGGAAGACAUGAAAGGGGGGAUGAUGCAAAGAGUCCACAGUUGGUGUUCUGUGCCGGAGUGGUUCGUAGAGUCGACGGCGAAUAUGGAAGCCUGGAGGUACAACUGAAUGGGGACAAGACGCUCUGCCGUUAUCCUUAUCGACACAACAGCCCCCCAGGGGUUGUAGACAUUAUCCUGGAUGCCCCCCCGCCUGGUGUCCACCCCAUUCCGCUUGGCACACGCGUCUGUGUGCCGUUCAGCAGCGAGCAAAGUGACAUGGGCCAGUGGUACAGGGAAGGAGUUGUAACCCAGGUGGAUACUCAUCCAGCGGUGGUUAAUUGCUACCGUGUUCUGUUGUCUGAUGAGAAAGCGUCAACUCUGAUUGAAGAUGAGGAUGAUAGAGUUGCAGCCAAUGCCACCCAGGCCGUGUGGGUGUCCAGACAAACACUCCGCCUCCUGGUGCCGCCAUGGGACCUGGGUUUACCAUCAAGAGAGGUAGAAGAAAGUGCUCAAGAUAACGAAAUAGAGCAGGAGGACAGGGAUGAAAUAGAUGUAGAGCAAGAGGUCUGUCGUCUCAGCCGGGGGAUGACACCUGGUGUUGGGUCAAUGUUAGGGAGGGUGUAUCCUUGCAUGGUUCCGGUCUCCUCCACAGGACACAGCAUUACCACCCCAGUCACUUCAGCAUCAGUCCUUAGCCUGGCUCCUGAUCGGGAGUGGGACAUUGAAAAAGACCUUGGAAGAGAGCGCGAUCUGCAGAGAAAGCAGGAAAGAGAAAGGGAGAAUAUUGCAAAGCAACAGCAGCAACAUCAUUCGUACAUGCCACUCACCCCUGAGGAGGACAUGGAGGUGUCCCACUUUAACAUGGUCCCAAUGGGAGCACUUAUAUCGGGUCCCAAACCCGUGGCAGUUCCUCAACACCGCCACAUUGUCUCCAAGCCCCCACCUGGCUACCUCAAUCCUCAUCCCUCUGUGGUGCAGGGCAUUGGAAUUCCCUCUGGCCACCUUGCACUAAAUCCCCACCCGCCUCCCCCCUCAGUCCUGCUUGGUUUGGACCCAAGCGUUGCAGCUGUGGCAGCCAAUACUGCUGUCAUUUCAACUGCCCAGCUCCCGCCCUUGCCUCCUAUCUCCUCCAGCAUGUCCUCCUCCAGAGUGGAGAAGGUGUCUGGUAGUACCUCUUCUGGUGGUGGUGGUUCUGGAUCAGGUUCCACUUCCUCUUCAUCUUCACGUUCGCGCACACCUCUGACUGCUGCCCAACAGAGGUACAAGAAGGGAGACGUGGUUUGCACGCCAACCGGCAUCCGCAAGAAAUUCAAUGGGAAGCAGUGGAGGAGGCUGUGCUCCCGUGAGGGCUGUUCCAAAGAGUCUCAGCGCCGCGGAUACUGCUCCAGGCACCUCUCAAUGAGAACCAAGGAGAUGGAAGCCAGCGGUGGCAUCAGGGAGCGAGGAGGGGCCAGCAGCACAGGGACCUUGACACCCUCUGACCUGCGACUAAGUGGAGGCCGAGCCAGCUCAGAGUUUGACUGGGAUGAGACUUCCCGGGAAAGCAGCGAGGCUAGCAGCCGCGGAGGAGACUCUCGGCCCCGUCUGGUCCUGCCGUCCUUGCUUCCACAAGACCUUUCUCGCUUUGACUUUGACGAGUGUGAAGCAGCAACCAUGCUGGUCUCCUUAGGGGGUUCUCGUUCUGGCACACCUUCGUUCUCGCCUAUUUCCAACCAGUCGCCAUUUUCCCCUACCCCAUCGCCGUCGCCCUCGCCGCUCUUCGGCUUCCGCCCAGCAAACUUCAGCCCUAUCACUGCCCCAUCUUCACGGCGUCAUCGCCAACUGAGUGGCACAAAAUUAGGCACACUGGGAGCAGAACGCGACCGCCAUCUCUCGGGCAUCGUGCCUACUUUUCAGACCAACCUCACUUUUACGGUGCCCAUGAGUCCUAACAAGAGGAAAAUGGACAGCCAUCCGCCUCCUCCACUGCCAACAGUCCAUGACUACCAGACCAAAACAGAGCAACAGCAAAUGGUGGCGGUGGGCGGAGGUGUUGUGGGCGAUCUGAACCUUGGCCCUGCUGCUUUCAGAGUCCUUUCACCACAGAGUCAACCAACAACACCUUUCCAGCGACCACGUAGCGCCACCAGCCGACCCCCAUCCUCAGCCGCCUCCACACCCCCGCCCAUGCUGGUCUCUCCCACACCCCCCUCACCAUUGCCCCAGGAACCUUCUCCGCGGCGCAUCAUGCCCUUGCGAGAUUCUCCGGUUAUCGUCCGCAACCCCGACGUCCCGCUGGCAAAGUUCUCUGACGGCCCCCUAGCAAGGCGGGACCGGAGCCGAUCCAGAGAGCUCGCCCAGGCCCAACACACGGUCCCUCCAGGUCUGCAAGCACCUGUCCCAAUUAAUGGCGCAACGACCAAUGGCGCCGUUCUCCUCCGCAAUCCUGCAUCAGCCCUGGUCCUAGUCACGUCCAGCUCGUCCCUCACCCCAGCAUCAGCAGGACCCGCUGCUCUGUCCAGUUCCUCCUCCGCCGGUUCAACAUCAACCACAGCAGGCCCCAUUCUCUCUUCGUCAGGAUCCGGGGGCAGGGAAAGAAAGCCCGAGGGGCACCAGGAGGCCACCGGUGGGGCCCUGCCACAACCAGUAGCUUGCCACCCAACACCCACAGCUCUCCUGCCACUCAUUUUACCUGCUGAGUCUUCGCACCCUGCUCCUCGUAAGCAAAUCAUCAUGGGGCGUCCUGGCACAGUGUGGACCAACGUGGAGCCUCGCUCUGUGCCCGUGUUUCCUUGGCACUCACUCGUCCCUUUCCUGGAGCCCAGCCAAUCGGAUACGGCCGCCCAGCCCGCCGUGGAUAGUGUCAAUCAAAGCCAAGAGCCACGUUGUGGAGUGGCCCUGGUUGGGGACGGGCGUCCGCCUGACUUGGACAGAGUGUCACCUUCGCGUCCGCCCCCGAACAAUAACAACAACGCCGCCGCCGCCGAAAGGGGCAGGACUGAUAGCGAAACGGAGAGUGAUAUUGACGACCCUUUCUCCCCCGGCGUGGCCACCAACGACGCGUCGCCCUCGCGCGGCCCUGCCAAGAGACGCACGCAGUCCCUCAGCGCCCUCCCCAAGGACGCAGACAGAAAGAGAGAGAAAGACCACAUCCGCCGGCCCAUGAACGCCUUCAUGAUCUUUAGCAAGCGCCACCGGGCUCUGGUCCAUCAGCGACACCCCAAUCAAGACAACCGAACAGUCAGCAAGAUUCUGGGAGAGUGGUGGUAUGCUCUGGGCCCCAACGAGAAGCAGCAGUACCACGACUUAGCCUUCCAGGUGAAGGAGGCCCACUUCCGAGCCCAUCCUGACUGGAAGUGGUGCAACAAGGACCGCAGGAAGUCAUUGUCAGACGGGCGUGGGGGCAUCAAGGACGUGCGGGAGAGGAGCAUGUCAGAAACUAUUGACCCACAUUUGGAGUCUCAAGCGCUGGAGGGCAAGCUGCUAAAUUCGCCUUGGACCGGCGGAGGCGAGCGCCAACCGGGGGGGCCGCACGGCGGACAGCUCCCCCGUCCCAGAGCUUUUUCCCACAGCGCCGUGCACAGCCUGGAGCGGCACGGAGACGGCGAGAAGGAGGAUGGGCCCAGUUUUUUCCGCAACCGAACACUGCCUCAGUCCUCCCUCCAUCAGGGUGGCGCUAGUGAGGAUGUCACCAGCGACGAGGAGCGUAUGGUCAUCUGUGAAGAAGAGGGAGAUGAUGAUGUCAUGGAGGAUUCAUGUCCCGAAGGCUCCAUUGACCUCAAGUGUAAGGAGAGAGUAACGGACAGUGAAGAAGAUGAACACGACGGCCAGCAUGGCGUACAGCCCCUGGCUCGCUCCUCCCACCCCUCCCCCUCGCUUCCUACCCCUCACGACGAGUGUGAGAGGACGAGGAAGACGCCCGAAAAUGCAGCAGAAGAGGACAUCAAAGGAGGCUCCGUUCGAGUAGAAGGUGGUGGGAUGGCAUGCCUGCCCACGGGGGGCUCUGCACCUGCCAGCCAGGCUGUAGUGCACCCAAUCCAAAGUGCCGUCACCCUCAGCUCCCCGACCCCAGAUACGAAAGCUACCAUUCUGAUCGGAGGCCAGCAGCUGCCUAUCACCGCAGGGGGUGGGUAUCUGUCAUCCGCCUCCACAGGUGCUGGCUUAGUUUUUGGGGGCUCCUUGCUGUCCACCCAGCCCGUCAAGCUCCUGCCCCACGCCCAGCCGCCCCCACUCGCUGUCAUCAGACCCAACACCACCACUUCCCCUGUGUCAAUGCCCCCCACUGGUCCCAAGUACAUCCUGCCGGCCCCCCAUAGCCCCUCCCCUCCUCAGCUCACUUGCCAGCAAGGGGGCUCGAUGCCCACCGAUGCCCCACCGUCGGCCAAUGGCACCCCAAAUUCUGGUGUGGGAGUAACAGCUGCAACGGGAUGCAGAGUUCAAGCCCAGCUGCAGAGUAAGAUGCUGGUUCCCAUGGCGACUGUCCGAGCCGGGACCACGUCCCCACAUGCACCCGUCUCCUUGGUGGCGCCACCUCUUCCUGUGCAAAAUGGACCCGCCACUGGAAACAAGAUCAUCCAGAUUGCACCCAUGCCAAUGGUCCAGAGCAACGUUCACGGAGCAGUAGUGCACCAUAGGAGUCCCUUUCCUGUUUCCAUGGCGACUGUGAUGACUCCUGGCGCCUCGCCCCCGCAGACCCUUCUCCUGACCUCGCCGCCCACCAGGAUCACCUACGUCCAGUCCGUUCCUGGAGUUACCACGGCGAUACCCCAACAAGCUCCAAUGCCACCGCCACCACCUAGCACUGCCUAUCUCUCGUCUCCUCUGACAACAUUGGGCUUCACUGCCAUCGCACCUGCCGGGCACACUCUGCUGACUCCGGCGGUCCCCACGACCGGCCAGAACAACAACGUCAAGACCACCACAGCCAACUCCGAUAAUAACCAGGAUCUUACCACCAUUCACCCCACUGGACCCACUGCCCCGUUGGCGACCGGCACAGUUUCCGUGACAACCACAUCACCCGCUACGGAUCUGGCGAAGCCCUCCGCCGCCAUAGAGGUUGAAAUGAAGAAAGAGUUUAGCGAUACGGGCGUCAAGAAGGAAGGAGAUCAAGAUGUCAUGGAGAUUAGAGAAAAAGUAGAUGACAACAUUGGUCAAUUCAAGGAGGAAAGUGUCAAACUUGAGGAAGAAAUGGUGGGAGAGGAGGAGGAAAAUGAAAGUGAGCAGAAGAUGAAUGAAAGCAAGGAUGAGAAACGAGGAGAGAUGGAGAAAGAUGAAGAGGUAAAUGUUUUCUCUUCCUCAUCACAGGUUCCUCCUCUGCUGCCAUCUUUGGGUUUGGACCCGCCUCCUCCUCCACCCGCUGAAAGAGAGCCAGCAUCAUCCUCUAAGAGGAUAAAGUUCCGACCCCCGCCGCUCAAAAAGACGCCCGAUUCUCACGACAAGCUUUUGUCGGAAACUUACUUCGAGGAGCGUUUUGCCGAGCUUCCCGAGUUCAACCCGGCAGAGGUGCUCCCCUCGCCUACCCUGCAGAGCCUGGCCACGUCCCCUCGAGCCAUCCUGGGCAGCUACCGAAAGAAGAGGCGCAACUCCACAGAGCUGGAGCCGGCAACGGAAGACCCCAGCUCACCGAGGAGGAAGACCCGCCGCCUCUCCAGCUGCAGCUCGGAGCCCAAUACGCCGAAAAGCGCCGCCAAGUGCGAGGGUGACAUCUUUACAUUCGACAGAGCAGGUACAGAGGGAGAGGAUCUCCUCGGAGACCUGGACCGGGUGCCCUUCUCGUCGCUGCGUAGAACUCUGGACCAGCGGCGUGCGCUCGUCAUGCAGCUCUUUCAGGAACAUGGCUUCUUCCCUUCAGCUCAGGCCACGGCGGCCUUCCAAACCCGCUACUCCGACACCUUCCCCACCAAGGUGUGCUUGCAGCUGAAGAUCCGCGAAGUUCGGCAGAAAAUCAUGCAGGCCGCCACUCCGGGAACCCUGGAGGGCGGCGGCUUCCCGGGCGAGGCCGGCAGUCCCGCCCCCGCUCAAAACUCCGCCUUCAACCACUCGCUGCGAGAGGACGGCGGAGGCGGAUCGGAACAGCCCGAUGAAAAAAAACGCAACCCCGAGGAGCCCAAAAACGAAGGUUUCUAA